AUUUCUCAUAUUGGAAAGCUGAAAGAUUUUCUUCUACAACACAGAAAGGAUUAUAUUAAUGCUUACAGGGCUUGGUCUCCUGUCUCUGCCCACUGUAUGAAUGUGCAUACACCCUGGGCUGUUUUGGAAGUCGGUUAGUUCCGUUCAAGAGCACAGCUUUGUCACACAGAUAGGAGGGAUAUGCACUUCACCAAGUUUACCUUCAGUGUUGUCCCAGGAGCCACUGCACCUUCAGCCAUAUUAUGUCUGAAUUUGUGAGAAUGACGGAUACAGAGCGUGACCAGAUAGAUCAAGAUGCCCAGGUGUUUAUGAGAACGUGUGCAGAUGCCAUUCAUCAGCUCAGAACAGAAGCACACAAGGGUGUCCAGUCUGCUCAGGUGAAGGAGCACAGAACAGCUGUCUUGGACUUCAUUGAAGAUUACUUAAAAAGAGUGUGCAAGCUGUAUUCUGAACAAAGAGCCAUCCGAGUUAAGCAAGUGAUAGACAAGAAGAGACUGUCCAAACUUGAACCUGAGCAGAGCAAUGUGUCCAAAGCACCUCUUUCCACUGAAAAAUUUUCACAGAGUCCUUUAGAGGAUUCUGAAGAAAAACUUUCUGCUGAGGAAAGCAAAGACAGGAAUCUGCCCAAUGCCCAAAGUAACCUUGGAUUAUGGGGGGAUGGCAGAGGUGAAGAUGAGCUGUCACCUGAAGAAAUACAAAUGUUUGAACAGGAGAACCAGAGACUUGUUGGUGAAAUGAACAAUCUCUUCGAUGAAGUCAGACAAAUUGAAGGAAAAGUGGUGGAAAUCUCCAGAUUACAAGAGAUAUUCACUGAGAAAGUCUUGCAACAGGAAACUGAUAUUGACAAUAUCCACCAAUUAGUUGUGGGUGCAACAGAGAAUAUAAAAGAAGGCAAUGAAGACAUAAGAGAGGCCAUCAAAAACAAUGCUGGAUUUAGAGUAUGGAUCCUCUUCUUCCUUGUGAUGUGUUCAUUCUCUUUGCUUUUCCUGGACUGGUAUGACAAUUAAUUAAACAUAUUAUUGGCUCCAUGCUA